AUGCGCUCUUGUCUAUUUUUAGACUUCUUACUUUUUUUUUUGCCUUUGAUCUUUGAAGCCUUCCCCAACGGAACAAAUGCUGCUGCUCCUUCUGUUCAGAGUUCGCAUGACUUCGCUCUCGUUGUGCGUGGACUUCCUAAUCGAACUAAGAUGGAUCGGGCUGUUGGCUCAGAGAAGGUAUCUGGAACUGGAAUGGUGUUCAAACAGAGAUUCCACAGAAAUAGAAUCUGGAGAAGGAGAAUCAGACAUGGGAUACCAAUAUGGGAGGGCAUAUAA